ACUCAACUUCAGUUCCUGCUGGGACAAAAAUCAACUCACCAUGAGAGUCUUCUUGUUUGUUUUGACGCUCGGAGGCUCUCUGGCGUCUGACGCUCUAUCUUCUGCUCACCUCGGACCGCCGUCGCUCGGCUUCAGCUCGUCGGUCCGCUCGGUGUGUAAGCCCAUACCGAGCAGCCUGUCUCUGUGCCACGGCAUCGGCUACCGGCACAUGCGGCUGCCCAACCUGCUGGGCCACGACUCUCUGCGGGAGGCCCAGCAGCAGUCUGCCGCCUGGCUGCCGCUCGUCUCCAAGCUGUGUCACCGGGACACCAAGAUGUUCUUGUGCUCCUUGUUCGCCCCAGUUUGCGUGCCGGACUACAGCUGGCCCGUCAGCCCGUGCAGGGGCCUGUGCGAGGCCGUGCGCGACCACUGCGUCCCCGUCAUGAGCGCCUUCGGCUUCCCCUGGCCCGAGAUGUUCAACUGCAGCCGCUUUCCCCGCGGGACCCAACUCUGCAUCCCUCCCAGUGGGGAGCAGGAUGCGCGGACGGUGGAGGAGGUCACCCACGAGGAAGCGCUCAAAGGAAGUGUCAUUUGUGAUGCCUGCAGUCUGGCAGCUGAGGGAGAGACUGACAUCCAGGACAACUUUUGUGAAAGUCCAUAUGCAUUCAAGAUGCGUCUGGGCAGUGUGUCGAAGGUGGGAGGAGACCUUCAGCUGGUGCCUUUGGCCCGAAGCCGCAUCCUGAGGUGGGCAGGGGGAGGUGCGGAGAGGGCGGGGAUUGGAGGCGCGAUGGCCCACAAUGCUCUGUGGCUGCAGGAAGGAGGCACUUGUGCGUGUCCCAACUUGGAUUUAGCUGACAAAAAUGAUGACAUUUUAGCAGGGGAGAUCAUGGACAAAAAGGUAAACGGGGUUCAGAAUGGAUGGUACUUGGUACUGGCUAGGGCUGAGGAGGGAAGGCUGGUGUUGACUCGGCUGGUGCUCUGGACUAGAGGUGACAAAGAGCUGAAGAAGUUCACAAGGAGUCUCCUGAAACAACCCUGCCCUGAGCUGUAGCCGUUCUGUCUUUAACCAAUUAGCAUUUUUUUUAGCGACGUCCUGUUCAGAAACUCUCUAAAUAACCAAAUGAAUCACCCAUGCGCAGACUUUUAAGCACUGGUGUAAACGAAGACGUGUAAAAAUAUACUCUGACCACUUUCUUAAUGAAUGAUUACUUUUUAACAGGUGCCAAUUGGCUCAAGGUCUUGGGACACAUCUUUUGUCUUUAUUGGUGCGGGGGUGGGAUAUAAUUGACUCAUGUAUGGCACAGUUUUUUACCUGACAGGUUUUUACACUGUUUUAUAUUUGCUACUAAAGUGUUAAAUAGCCACCUUUCAAAUGCUUCAUAUGCCUGGAUAGAACAUCUAAAUAGUUAACAUUCAGUAACAAAGGUGUUGGAACCUUAUAUUUUUGUUUUUUCCAUCCAUCCAUUUUCUGUACCGCUUCAUCCUCACAAGGGUCACGGGUGUGCUGGAGCCUGAACCGGUCGCCAGCGAAUCGCAGGGCACAUAUGAACAAACAACCAUUCGUGCACACAUUCACACCUAUGGGCAAUUUAGAGUCUUCAAUCAACCUACCAUGCAUGUUUUUGGAAUGUGGGAGGAAACCGGAGUGCCCGGAGAAAACCCACAUAGGCACAGGGAGAACAUGCAAACUCCACACAGGUUGGGCCGGGAUUUGAACCCCAGUCCUCAGAACUGUGAGGCAGAUGUAUUAACCAGUCGAUCACCGUGCUGCCUUGUUUUUUCCAGUCGUUUACAUUUGUGCAUAAAAUAUCAGCUUUAAAUUGGAGUUAAACAGGGAAGUGUUGACCCUUUCACACCAUAAGGUUAUAAUAUAGUAAUACAACAGCCUUCUCAUAGAAAAUAUAUUCAUACAUAUUUUUUAAGACACAAUGAUAAGGAAGCACUCAUUGCUCUUGCUCAUACUGUAUGCUGUUCGAUAACAUGAAUAUUAAACAGAAUAAAACAUAAUCGACAAUCAACAAAUCAACAAAUUAGCACUGAACAGAAACAUGGCCUAAACAGUUUUAUACUGCAUGUCUCAAUUCUUUUUUUGGGUGUAUUUUAUUUUUAAUGUUUAUGUCACUUUCUUAUUUGUUGAUUUGGGAACAUCUUAGUGUAACUUCUUGUACUCACAAUAUUCCAUAAAUGAGGUUUGUUGCCUGUAA